AUGAGCAACUCCUCGCCGGCGAAGGUUGAUUUUUACGAUCAUUUCCAUACAGUGAACGUACCCUCUCUUUCGAGAAGCAAUCCCUACCAACCACUCCCGACCGACGAGAAGCGUCCUCCGUCCUACUCUCAGGACGAGUUUGUCGAGCAGCAUGACCAUGACUCUCAACACCAAUGCCGACACCAACGAAAAUGCCAUAGCGCACGUUUACGGCGCAUUCUUCUGCCCGUGAUCCUCGCGUUUACGCUGCUGAUCGGGAUCAUCACAAUGCAUGCCGUCUGCUUUAGCAAUGGCGGGAUGGUCGACUCGUGGGGAGCAGACGGCGGUGUAGCGGGAAUUUGGAGAGGUGUGGGGAGCGAUGGGAUGCCCGAUGUCGCGCCACCAACGGAAAACCUCAACAAACGCAUCGUCGAUUUCUCAAAGCUUCACAUCGGAACUGUGACCUCUGUCGAUGAUCUAGCGAAGCGCGUUUCUUCUGCACCAAUCACGAAGCGUCAGUCGGGCGGCGCGGCGCCUGGCAACGGCAAUAACGAAGAGAGUGCCUUCACUCGCAACAAGCUGUACCUCAUUGUCAUCUUCGUUGGUCUGUUGGUAGUUGUUAUACUAGCUAUCAUGCUGUCUGCUUGGUGUUGCAAAAGUUCGUUUGAGAACCCGUUGUGCUGUCCUUGCUAUCUCUGUGCCUGCUGUGGUGGCCUUGCGUGUCUCGAGUGUAUUGGCUGCGGUCUCUGCUGCGAAGGUGUUAGCGAACUCACAGAGUAA